AAAGACGUUAAUUGUUAAACAACGAAACAUCAGUCGGUCACACGAGCGCGCUAAGUUAGGGUCUGAAGUGUCCUCCUGCCAUGGUCGCGAACACUAGAACAAUCUACCUACAAGAACUACUUACCAUUGUCCCUUAGAUGCCGAACGCAACAAAAGACUUAUUUUUAAUACAAUUGUUGCGUUUCGAUUAUUUUCUUAUUUUCAAGUGCACUCGCGGUUUCUUGAAUUUGGUUCGCACGGUGUGAACCAAACUUAAUGUGAACUUUUUUAAUUGUUUCUUUUUUGUUUUAGCUAACCAGCCAGUAUGGAGAUGCAGUCGAUGCCCACUUCGUCGAGUCGGAUCCUCUACGACGUGCCCUGCGCCGUCUGCCGCGACCACUCCUCGGGCAAGCAUUACGGCGUAUUCGCAUGCGAUGGCUGCGCGGGAUUCUUCAAGCGUUCCGUGCGCCGAGAUCGUCGCUACGCGUGCAAAGCCCGUAGCCCGGGCGCAUGUCUGGUCGACAAGGCGCAUAGGAACCAGUGUCGGGCGUGCAGGCUCUCCAAGUGUCUCGAUGCGGGGAUGAAUAAAGAUGCAGUCCAGCAUGAGCGUGGUCCCCGCAACUCCACCAUCCGCCGACAGAUGGCGCUCUUCCUCAAAGACCCUGCCAUGCCCUCAUCAGACAUCGCCCUAACGCCACCGGCCCUAGACUUAGCACUACCGAAGCACGCCAUGAUACCGCCUGCACCCAUGACUCUCUUCCAUCCUUACGCGUACAACAGACUUAUGAUGCCUCUAAGCCACUGCUCUGCUAAAGCUCCGUCCCCACCGCCUAUCACUCCAUCGCUCCUAACCCCAUCGGACCCUGAAACGAUAUGCGAAGCUGCCGCGCGACUAUUAUUCAUGAACGUGAAAUGGGCAAAGAACGUCCCAGCGUUCACGUCUCUAUCCUUACCCGACAGACUGCUUCUAUUAGAGGAAUCAUGGCGAGAUUUGUUCAUCAUAGGGGCGGCUCAGUUUCUAUAUCCUUUAGAUUUAAAAGUGUUAAUGAAUUUCAAGAAUACUGCAGUUGAAAAAGAAGUAGAGGAAUUCGAGAAAGUGCUAAGUGAAGUGGCGAAGCUGCGACCGGAUAGCAAUGAGUUUGCGUGUCUGAGGGCCGUGGCUUUAUUUAGGACGGUGGGCGAGAAGGAUGCCCAGGGUUUUAGAAGACUACAGGACUUGCCUGCCGUUGCUGCGUUGCAGGAUCAUUCACAAGUUGUUCUCAAUGAGUAUACAUUGAGGACAUACCCAUUAGGCACAUCCCGAGCCAGCCAGCUCCUGCAAGUGCUGCCGGCCAUGAGGCGGGUGCCGAGCGACGCUAUCGUGGAGCUGUUCUUCAGGGCCACCAUUGGCGACAUUCCUAUAGAGAGGAUAAUUAGCGACAUGUAUAGGACGGGGAAGGAUACCGUGUAGAUUU